GAUAUAAAGCUGCUUCCUUUCUCUAUUCCUUCCAAAGUUAUUGUGAAGAGAGAAAAAGAGACAGAGUGAGACACAGAACAGAAAGCACACACUCUAGAGAGAGAGAGCUCUUCUGCUUCGCGGUGGUUACUUUUUGCAGAAGGUUCUCUGUGUUUGUUUGUUGAAAAAGAAAAAAUAGCAAAAAAAAUCGGCGAAGAAGAAGAAGAAGAAUAAGAUAACGUAGAUUACAAUAAAAUAACAAGCACAAAAAAAAAAAGAGGGUUUCGUGCAAACCUUGUGCUAAGAGAAAAAAAAAACAAAAGAAAAAAAAAUUUAGAAGAUUCUUUAGCUUCACGUAAUCUCUUUUCUUUGAUUAUCUUCGUGCCUCUGUGCAAGUUUUUCUCCUUAACCCUUUCUUCAAAAUUCGUUUUUUGAUUCGAUUGGUUGUUUUCGUGUGGUGGUCAUUGUUGGAGGGUGGAACGAAUUGGGGCUUUGCCGGAAGUGAAAUUGGGGAUUUCACGGUGAAAAACUUGGUGGGUCUGGUUUGAUUUGGGUUAAUUUUGCGGAAUUGAAUGGUGGGUCGGUGAUGAUUUUGGAGUUUUGUGUGUAAUCGUUGGUGGGUUCGUUGGGAAUUUGAGUAUAUUUUCGAAGAUUUUUGUUGUCGGUCGGUGUUGGUUUGAGGGGGUUUCGGAAAGGAUUGGUGGUCAAAGUUUUGGUUUUUGUGGGGGGAAAUCUGUGUUGGAUAGGUUGGUUUUGCUGGCUUCACUGAUGGGUCAAUGGCAAUUAGUGCUUUUUGGGGGUAAAAUCCUUAGUGGGUUUGUGUAGAAUCGGGCUGCUUCUGCAGAAUUUGGUGGUGGGAUUGUGAGAAAUCGGGUUUUUGUCAAGGCUUAAGCUCGGUUAGGCGUUGGGGUUGAGAAUUGGAUUGUGUGAACAAGGUGGUAUUGGUGUUUUGAUUGUGUUUAUUGGGAAUUUGUGGUGGAGGAUAGUUUGUUCUUAAGAGGAUAAGAUGAGUUCUACUACCUCAGAAGGUGGAGGCAAGCUUGUGGUUCGAAUUGCUGAGAAUGGGCACACAUAUGAGCCCCACUGCAGUGGAAACACGCCGGUUGAGGUGGUUAUGAAAUAUGUUGAAUCCGUGGAGAACAUUGGUUUACAUGAGCAGGUUGUUCUGUGUUUGGAGGUUAGACUUGACCCGCAGAAGUUGUUAUCAGCAUAUAAUCUUCCUUCGGAUGACAGGGAAAUUUUUGUAUUUAAUAAGGCAAGACUGCAUAUGAAUUCGCCUCGUCCUCAGCCGGAGCAAGUUGAGAACUUUGAUAGUGCAGAGAUUCCAUUGCCGGCCUCUUUGCAUAAUCCUCAUCCUUUGGAUAAUGCUCCUGACCCUGCUUUGAAGGCUUUGCCUUCAUAUGAGAGGCAAUUCAGGUACCAUUUCAUCCAGGGAGAUGCAAUUUAUAAAUGUAGCCAAAAGAAAUAUGAUACUUGUGUGAAGUUUUUGAAGGAGCAGAAGGUUCAAGAGAGGGCAUUGGAGGUUGCAAGUUGUAAUUUGGAUCAAUUCUAUAAGAUGACUAACCAAAGUUACACAGAAUUCAUGAAACAUUAUUCGCAACAGCACCGGUUUCAUUCUGAUCUCCUGGGAAAUUUUGGGAAGGAUAUUGAGAAAUUGAGAUCCAUCAAGCUUCCCCCUCCUUUACAGACUUCCACACGCAAGUGCUUACUGGAUUUUGUCAAGGAAGAGACUUUGCGGAAGUCAGCUGAGAAUUGUAGCAGUUCCCACAGGCAGUUUGAGAACAAGGUUUCACAAUUUAAGCAAAAGGUUAAUGAAGCGAAAUACAAGGUUGAGGAAUUGUUUGCUAGCAGGGUAUCUUUUCCUGCUAGGGAUUUGGAGAGGAUGAUUAAGGAGCACCAGCACUUCAUCAAUGAACAAAAGAGCAUACUGCAGUCUUUGAGCAAAGAUGUCAAUACAGUGAAGAAACUAGUGGAUGAGUGUCUGUCCAGCCAAUUAUCUUCAUCCCUCCGUCCUCAUGAUGCAGUUUCAGCCUUGGGUCCUAUGUAUGAUGUCCAUGACAGGAAUCACCUGCCUAAGAUGCAGGCUUGUGAUCGUGAAAUUUCUAAGCUAUUGGACUUCUGCAGGGAUAAGAAGAAUGAAAUGAAUCUCUUUCUACAUAAUUACAUGCAACAGAUAACAAUUGUCACUGUUGUCGUCAAAGAUGCUAAGUUACAGUUUCCUGUUUUUAGAGAGGCAAUGAUGCGUCAGGAUGAUCAGUUUAUGGAGUUGAAGUUACUCCGUGGGCUUGGCCCUGCAUUUAGAGCCUGCCUUGCAGAAGUGGUGAGAAGAAAGGCUUCUAUGAAGCUUUACAUGGGCAUGGCUGGACAAUUGGCUGAAAAGCUUGCUACAAAGAGGGAGGCUGAGGUUCAGAGGCGGGAGGAGUUUCUGAAGUUUUAUAGUUCUUACAUACCCAGGGAUGUUUUAGGAUCCCUUGGAUUAUUUGAUACCCCCAAUCAAUGUGAUGUCAAUAUAGCUCCUUUUGAUACUGGUUUGCUUGAUAUUGACAUUUCAGACCUAGAUCGAUAUGCUCCUGAGCAUUUGGUCAGAAUGCCUUUAAAGGGCGAGAAGCAUGGAAGCUUAAAAGGUUCAUUUUCUUUGUCUAAUGACAGUUCCCAUUCAGCUGAGCCUGAGGAGAUUUCUGUGGACACCCUUGAGAAAUAUGACUCUGAGGAGCUUCUUGAAGGCUGUGAGUUGGUUGAGGUUGCUGGGACUAGCAAAAUGGAAGUUGAGAAUGCAAAACUGAAGGCUGACCUUGCUUCUGCAAUUGCCUUUAAUUGUUUGCACUGGCCUGAAGUUGAAUACGAAUCUCUGGAUGAUGAUAAACUGGAUCGCUUAUUGAAAAAUGCUCAAGAGAAGACAUCUGAAGCCUUGCAUCUGAAAGACGAAUAUGUGAAACAUCUGCAAUCUAUGCUUGGUAAUAAGCAGACACAGUGUCUGUCUUAUGAGAAGCGCAUUCAAGAAUUGGAGCAGAGAUUGUCUGAUCAAUAUUUGCAAGGGCAGAAGCUUUCAAAUAACAAAGAUCCAACUGACUUUGCACUUUUGGCUGAGAAGGUUGAUGAUUGCAAGCGAGAAGUCUUAGGCAGUGAAGCCCACAUACCUUGCAUAUCUACUACUGAGCCCAUGGAUGAGGUUUCUUGUAUCUCAAAUUCUUUGAAUGCAAAAUUGGGGCUAUUAACUGGGCAACAUGGCAAAGCUCGAGAAGGAGUGGAUGAGAAUAUGGUUGAUUCCUUUGGAAUGCAAAAUUCUCAGCUUGAUUCCUCAAUGGUGGAGCCAAAUCGUGAAGAACUUCUUAUCAGUGAUAAAGAUGGGAAAGAUAAGAUGAUAGGACAGUUGGGCAUGUCCCUUACAAACAGUUCCACUGCUGAGAGCAUGGCUGGGCCUCUGAUUGCUUUACCUUCUGAUACACAGGCUGAGCUGGGGUUAAAUUCCAAAGUCAGUAGUGAUCUUUUGUUGGAAUUACAAAGUGCACUUGCAGACAAGUCAAACCAAUUGACUGAAACUGAGACCAAGCUUAAAGCUACCUUGGAGGAGUUUUCCUUGCUUAGGAGGGAGUUAGAAACGAGUCGGAAGCUCCUUGAUGAAUCUCAGAUGAAUUGUGCUCACUUAGAAAACUGCUUGCAUGAGGCAAGAGAGGAAGCCCAGACCCAUCUUUGUGCAGCUGAUCGGAGGGCCUCAGAGUAUAGUGCACUGCGUGCAUCUGCUUUGAAAAUGCGUGGCCUUUUUGAAAGACUUCGGAGCUGUAUUAAUCCACCUGGUGGAGUGGCCGCUUUUGCAGACUCCUUGCAGACCUUAGCACAAUCUUUGGCUAAUUCCAUGAAUGACAAUGAAGAUGAUGAUACUGCUGAUUUUCGAAGAUGCAUCCGGGUCCUUGCAGAGAGAGUUAGUUACUUAUCCAGGCGCCGGGAAGAGCACCUAAAGGUUGAAGCUGCAGUUGAACAACUUAGAAAAGAAUUGGAUGAGAAGAAAGAGCUGGUUAAAACUUUAUACACUAAGCAUCAACUUGAGAAGCAGGCGAACAAGGAAAAGAUAUCUUUUGGCCGCUUGGAAGUUCAUGAGAUCGCUGCAUUUGUUCUUAACUCUGCUGGGCAUUAUGAGGCGAUCACUCGGAACUGUUUGAACUAUUACUUGUCUGCUGAAUCUGUGGCCUUGUUUGCUGACCAUAUCCCAUGCAGACCUAACUACAUUGUUGGGCAGAUUGUGCAUAUUGAACGCCAAAUUGUGAAGUCGUUGCCCCCUACUCCAACUCGGCCUGAGCAUGGUAGGAUGGAUCAAGCAGAAAACCUGACCUCUGAUACGGGGACCGAUCGGUUGACCUUGAAUUCAGGAUCAACCUUGAACCCAUAUGGUCUCCCCAUUGGCUGUGAAUACUUCUUAGUGACGGUAGCCAUGUUACCUGAUACUACCAUUCAUUCACCACCUCCUUCCUGAUCCCUGCUUCAGGCAGACAGAUGUGAUGGAAGAAUCCAAGUGUACAUACUUAGAAUAGCAUUCAAAAGUUAAAUCAACCUGGUGGGACUUGGAACUUGAUUUCUCCUUUGUACAGCUGAUCAUCCAAUUAAGUUAUUAUCCCCUUUUGUGUAUAUAGCUACUCGUAUCUUAAAAAAAAAAAGAAAAAAAAAAGUUGUGAAUAUUAUCCAUCUCUUGAUCUUUAUUUGGUAUUUAUGUGUCAAAACAUGAUCAGUCAAUUAUUUAGGAGUUGUAAAUUAAAUCCGUCUCAUGCGAGAAAGAUGUGCAGCACCUAUGACAUUAAGUUCAUUUAAGCCCAUCUUAGACCACUUGUAAUAUAACUUUGCAUAUAUAUAGCCUUUGAUGCUUUAGGGCCUCUUUGAA